AUGGAACUCACCAAGUUUCUCGCCUUUCUGGCCGUUGUCCUGCCUGUUGCCUACGGUGCACCCACACAGGCGGCCAGCGACCUGCACCCCCAGAUCCUGGAGGCAAUGAAGCGCGACUUGGGACUCAACGCCGAGCAAGCCACUGCCCGUGUGGCUCGGGAGCUGCAGGCCAGCAAUGUCAUUGAGCAGGUGCGCAGCUCUGUCGGCGAUGCCUUCGCUGGUGCCUGGAUCGACGCCGACGUCGUGCACAUUGGUGUCACCGACCAGGCCUCGGCCGAGCAGGUCACUUCUGCCGGUGCCACACCCAUCGUCAUGAGCAACAGCCUGUCCAAGCUGGAAAAGGCCAAGGCCGACCUCGACAAGGUCUUUGUCGGCGGCCAGGCCAACGCUCGCCAGUCCACCUCGGGUGGCAACUCCGGCAUUGCCUCCUUCUACGUCGACGUUGCCGCUAACAGGCUCGUCAUUGAGGCUCUCGCCGACAGCCACGGCCACGCCGACGAGCUGGCCGCGCAGGUUGGCCUCACCGCGUCCGAGUACGAGGUGCGCACGGCCGAGCAGAUGCCCACCACCAUGGCUACCGUCCAGGGCGGCGACGCCUACUACAUCAACCGCGCCGCGCGGUGCUCCGUCGGCUUCUCGGUCACCACGGGCUUCGUGUCCGCCGGUCACUGCGGAAACCCCGGCGACUCUGCCACGACGAGCAGCGGCGCCGCCCUCGGCACCUUUUCCGGUUCCGUCUUCCCCGGCAGCGCCGACAUGAGCUACGUCCGCACUGUAAGUGGCACCACCCUCCGCGGCUACAUCAACGGCUACGGACAGGGUAGCUUACCCGUCAAAGGCAGCACCGAGUCUGCCGUCGGGGCCAGCAUCUGCCGCUCCGGCUCAACCACCCAGGUCCACUGCGGCACCGUCCGCGCAAAGGGCGCCACCGUCAACUACGCCGAGGGAUCCGUCACCGGCCUCACCCAGACCAACGUCUGCGCCGAGCCCGGCGACUCGGGCGGUUCUUUCUACUCCGGCACCCAGGCUCAGGGUGUCACCUCGGGAGGUAGCGGCAACUGCCAGAGCGGAGGAACGACCUACUUCCAGCCCGUCAACGAGAUUCUCCAGACCUACCGUCUUACUCUGGUCAAGGCAUAA